CAAGUUUCUCUGCAGUUUUUAUCACAUUGAAUCCAUUACACACCUCUCUCUGGAGUUCACUCAUUCAUUAUUCAUAUAUUUGUUUCCUUCUCCUUCUCUAUAGUAAAAAAAAAGUAGAGAAUAAAGUGGAAGAGGGAAAGUAGAAUCUACGUAUGAGCUAUUAUUUUUUUGUGAAGUUACAAUCUUGAAACUAAAGGGUGCAUUAUGGGUUUGAACAUUGCAAUUUUGCACGUGAUAAUGGUGUUUUUGAGUUCAUGGGUUUCUUGUGGAACAGCCUCUGUUUCAUAUGACCAUAAGGCCAUUUCUGUUAAUGGGCAAAGGAGGAUUCUCAUUUCUGGUUCCAUUCACUAUCCAAGAAGUACCCCUGAGAUGUGGCCAGAUCUUAUUCAGAAGGCAAAAGAUGGAGGUUUGGAUGUGAUACAGACUUAUGUUUUCUGGAAUGGGCAUGAACCUGAACCUGGGAAAUAUUAUUUUGGAGGAAGAUAUGAUCUGGUGAAGUUUAUAAAGUUGGUGCAGCAAGCAGGGCUUUAUGUUCAUCUCAGAGUUGGCCCUUAUGCAUGUGCUGAAUGGAAUUUUGGGGGUUUUCCUGUUUGGCUAAAGUAUGUCCCAGGCAUUAGUUUCAGGACUAACAAUGGGCCUUUUAAGGCUGCUAUGCAAAAAUUCACAACCAAGAUUGUGAAUAUGAUGAAAGCUGAAAGAUUGUAUGAAUCUCAGGGCGGUCCUAUUAUUCUAUCCCAGAUUGAAAAUGAGUAUGGACCUAUGGAACGCGAACUUGGUGCACCUGGUCGAGCUUACACAAAAUGGGCGGCCAAGAUGGCUCUGGAUCUUGGCACUGGUGUCCCAUGGGUGAUGUGCAAACAAGACGAUGCUCCUGAUCCAAUUAUUAACACGUGCAAUGGUUUCUAUUGCGACAACUUCUCUCCCAACAAGGCUUAUAAACCAAAAAUGUGGACUGAAGCAUGGACUGGGUGGUUCACUGAAUUUGGAGGUCCAGUUCCUUACCGUCCGGCAGAAGAUUUGGCAUUUUCUGUUGCAAAAUUCAUACAGAAAGGUGGUUCUUUCAUAAAUUAUUACAUGUAUCAUGGAGGAACAAACUUCGGCAGGACUGCUGGUGGUCCAUUUAUUGCCACAAGCUAUGACUAUGAUGCACCCCUUGAUGAAUACGGACUAUUGAGACAACCAAAGUGGGGUCAUCUGAAAGAUUUGCAUAGAGCAAUAAAGCUAUGUGAGCCUGCACUGGUGUCGGGAGAUCCUACUGUGACACCACUUGGAAACUAUCAGGAGGCUCACGUUUUUAACUCCAAGUCGGGAGCUUGCGCUGCUUUUCUUGCGAACUACAACCAGCAUUCUUUUGCAAAGGUGUCAUUCAGGAAUAUGCAUUAUAACCUGCCUCCUUGGUCAAUCAGCAUCCUUCCUGAUUGCAAGAACACUGUUUAUAACACAGCAAGGAUUGGUGCUCAAAGUGCACAGAUGAAGAUGACCCCUGUGAGUAGAGGGUUUUCUUGGCAGUCAUACAAUGAGCAGACAGCCUCGUACGAAGACAAUUCAUUUACAGCAGCUGGAUUGUUGGAGCAGAUUAAUACCACCAGAGACAUGACUGAUUAUUUGUGGUAUUCAACAGAUGUGAAGAUUGACCCUCGUGAAGGAUUUUUGAGAGGUGGGAAGUGGCCUGUUCUUACAGUCUAUUCGGCAGGACAUGCUCUGCAUGUUUUCAUUAACGGUCAAUUAUCAGGAACUACCUAUGGAAGUUUAGAAAACCCCAAAUUAACUUUCAGUCAAGGUGUAAAUCUGAGAGUUGGAGUCAACAAAAUUUCUCUUCUGAGCAUUUCUGUUGGUCUUCCGAAUGUUGGUCCGCAUUUUGAAACGUGGAAUGCUGGUGUUCUUGGUCCAGUUUCACUUAGUGGUCUUAACAAAGGUAAAUGGGAUUUGACAUGGCAAAAAUGGUCGUACAAGGUUGGUCUAAAGGGAGAGGCUCUGAGUCUUCAUUCUCUCAGUGGAAGCACUUCCGUUGAAUGGGUAGAAGGUUCCUCUAUUUCUCAAAGGCAGCCAUUAACAUGGUACAAGACUACUUUUAAUGCUCCGGGUGGAAACGACCCUUUGGCUUUAGAUAUGAAUACCAUGAGUAAAGGUCAGGUCUGGAUAAAUGGUCAAAGCAUUGGACGCUACUGGAAUCAAUACAAAGCAUCUGGCAAUUGCGGUGCCUGUAAUUAUGCUGGUUGGUUCAAUGAGAAGAAAUGCCUUAGCAAGUGUGGGGAAGCCUCUCAGAGAUGGUAUCACGUUCCUCGAUCCUGGCUCCGUCCAACUGGAAACUUGUUGGUUAUAUUUGAAGAAUGGGGCGGAAAUCCCAACGGGAUAUUCUUGGCAAAAAGAGAAUUAGCAAGCGUAUGUGCAGAUAUAUAUGAAUGGCAGCCAACAUUAAUGAAUUGGCAAAUGCAAGCAUCAGGGAAAGUCAACAGACCAUUGAGGCCUAAAGCUCAUCUCUCGUGCGCUCCCGGUCAGAAGAUCUCAUCUAUCAAAUUUGCUAGCUUUGGAACUCCUCAAGGCAUCUGUGGAAGCUUCCGAGAGGGAAGUUGUCAUGCCCAUCAUUCUUAUGAUGUUUUUGAAAAGUACUGCAUUGGGCAACAAUCUUGUGCUGUACCUGUAACCCCCGAGAUCUUUGGAGGAGAUCCAUGUCCAAAUGUCAUGAAGAAACUUUCUGCCGAAGUCAUUUGCGGCUAAAGACAAAAAAUGGGUGCUAAUGAAUAAAAGUUUCUCGUGUUUAUGUUUCUAUUGGCUUUGCUGAGGUGAAGUUAUACAUAUACGCAACACACCGCUAUACAAAGCCCAUAUGGAUUUUGAAGAUGAUUCGAAAUAAGAUUUUGUAUACAUAUUAGUUAUUGUGCUUCGGUGUUCAGCUGCAAUUGUGAAACAAAAGCUCAGGUCGAGGGAUUCAAAUGCACGUUGAGACGACACUAAUGGAGUCCAUGCGCAAAUGUCCCUAGUCUUAGAAUAUGCAAAAGACAGCAAUUAUUUCAGUUGCUGUAUUCUUGUAAAACUUCCUUGCAAUUUUACUACACUAUCUUAAGUUGGAUUUCUCUUAUAAUCUUGUAAGUUUUUGUUACAUUUACACA